GGGAUCGACAAAACCGAGCAAAUUUUUCCAAUGAAAACCCUAAAACAACAAAGUUGGAGUCAGCUCAGAACUCAACUGCCCGGAAAUUGCAGGCUCAGUUGGUCGUCGUCCGCCCGAAACAGCGAUAAACUCUACCAGGAAACUGAUUUGCUUUGGAAUUAAUGGAGGCCAAAUUUUUCCGCUUUCUUAAGAUUGUGGGUGUUGGAUACAAAGCUAGAGCCGAAUCUGCAGGGCGUCUAUUGUAUCUCAAAUUGGGUUACAGUCAUGAGGUGGAAUUAUCAGCGCCUCCUGCUGUCCGUGUUUUCUGCUUCAAAAACAAUGUAAUUUGUUGUACUGGCAUAGACAAGCAAAGGGUGCAUCAGUUUGCUGCUACUGUUCGCAACUGUAAGCCACCUGAAGUUUACAAAGGCAAGGGCAUAAUGUAUACUGACGAAGUUAUCAAGAAAAAACAAGGAAAGAAGUCUAAAUGAUCAUAUAAUCUCAGCCGAUUUCUUGAAGUCCAUGGCUCAGGUGUAUAUUGGCUAAACUCUGCAGAAUUGUUUCAUCUAGUCUUUGAACAAUUUCACCGUUAGAAUUCUGAUUGAUAUGUAACACUAGAAUUUAUCUUUGUUGAGACAUUUUAUCUUUCUAAUAAUACCAAAAAAUCAUGAAUUUGAAUAUACUUACUUUUAAUGAAUGCCUAUGAUAUUUUUGUGGUUGUUGAAUUUCAUAUUCUUAGUUCUUGUGUAUUUUAUAUCCAACUCAUAAGUCAAACAAAAAUUUGCUGUAAUGAAUUCAAGUGGAAAAGUCUGAGACCAAUCCACAUUGAAGUUCAAUGAAUAAGUAAUUUAUACCCAAGAGGGCAUUAUUGUGCUAUAUGUUAUCCUUUUUAGUUGAGAUAGUUCCUUUUUGAGUGUGUUAGAAGUCACUAUAGAAUUCUCUAAUAGAUGACUUCAUGAAGUACAAA